ACGUUCUCGCGAUGCUCGGCACGCUGGGUGGCGGCCCGUGCUCACUCCUUCUUCCCACCACACCACCAACACCCAACCCACCAUGUCUGCCGCACCCGCCCGCCGCCGCCUCGUCGGCGUGUCGUACAAGAUGUACUUCGACCUGCAGAAGACGGACGCCUACCUGCAGGCCGUGCUGCCGCACCUGCCCUCGCUGCUUGAGUCGCUCCAGCGCGAGGUCGACGUCUUUGUCAUUCCCGACUUCGUCUCGCUGCUCUCCUACCGCGACGCCAUCAAGAGCGCCGGCGCGCCGCUCUUCCUCGGCGCGCAGGAUUCGCACCACGAGGACGCCGGCGCCUUCACGGGCGAGGUGUCGCCCAAGGUGCUGGCGCAGGCCGGCGUGCGCUUCGUCGAGAUGGGCCACGCCGAGCGCCGCCGCCUCUUCGGCGAGACGGACGCAUGGGUGGCGCAGAAGGCGCUCGGCGCCGCACGCAACGGCAUGGUGCCGCUCAUCUGCCUCGGCGAGCAGACCAAGGGCGGCGGCACGCAGGUCGCCGUCGACGAGUGCUGGGCCCAGGUCGAGGCCGUCUUCCGCGACAUUGCGCCCGACGCGGAGGUCGUGCUGGCCUACGAGCCCGUCUGGGCCAUUGGCGCCGCCGAGCCCGCCGGCGCUGAGCACGUCGUGGCCGUGACGCAGGCGCUGCGGCAAAAGGCCGCCGACCUCAAGCGUCCCGGCCUCGUGCGCAUCCUCUACGGCGGCUCGGCCGGGCCAGGCCUCUUCCAGAAGCUCGAGGAGGGCGUCGACGGCCUCUUCCUCGGCCGCUUCGCACACGACCCGCAGGCCUUCCUGCGCACGAUCGAGGAGGUGGGCAGCGGCAAGAAGUGAGGGGCAAGAGGGAUGCAGGA